AUCGUCAAUCUUUUGUCGUCCAACACUCCGGACCCUAGAGGACUCAAUCCAUGAGUCUCGUUGAACAGAGGAUGUGCACGCGGUGGUUGGCUCUUCGGCUGCUGCCGAGCAUUGCUCCGAUACUCUGCCCAGUUGAUUGGCCAAGAUGAAAAAUGCGCAUCCAGACCCAAGAAUACGCACCGACAUUGAUUCAUCGACAUGCAACGAGGAUCUAUGCCUAGCGUUUGCCCGCAUCGGGACAACUCCACGAGAAUCCCCCGUCUUCCCGAUCCCAUUCCCGACGGAUAGUUAUCUCCUGCGCACGGCAUCCCACUCCAUCCCCGCCAAACGUACAUGCGGGCGGGCCUACAAUCUUCUCGAACGCACCCCGCCCGUGGACGAACACGCUUCGACCUGCCGAAAAGGGAUAAUCGGCGGCGGAAGCGUGGGCUGUGGGCCGGGCGGGCUGGCUGGCGCGUCGCUGCAUCCCAUCCUCUGCCCUCCACCACGCUCUUUUGAAGAUGCUCUCGCGCACUCUUUUCACUUCCUUCUCCACUCGCAUCGUUUGCUGUUAUCUGCUGCCCUUGCAACGACGGGCUUUUGCUGCUUCUGCCGCGCUACGAAAUAUGUCGAACCUUACGGUUGAGCUCACGGCGCCGAAUGGCACGAAAUAUAGCCAGCCCAUCGGCCUGUUCAUCAACAAUGAAUGGGUGCCUGGUACCAAAGGAGACAAGAUCACGUCCAUCAACCCCACGGACGAGUCCGAAAUUGCUUCCGUCCAUGCUGCCGAGCCCGAAGAUGUCGACAAGGCGGUAGCCGCUGCCCGCGCGGCGUUCAAGGGCCCUUGGAGAGAUAUGGCGACUUCGGAGCGGGGAGACUUGAUGAUGAAUUUGGUGCAGCUUAUCCAGAAGAACCGGGA